AUGAACAUCAUUGCACUUCUUGCUGCCGUAAGCGCUUGCCUUGCAAUGGUGGAGGCCGACAAAACGACAGCCUAUGCAGACGAUAUAGAGCCGUUCAAGACGCCAGAAGCACAAGAUGGCGUUGAGCUCACUGCUCUCGAGUUUCAGCCGUAUUUUAAAAUUGAGGGGCCGUGUUCCUCGUAUCCUGCAGUAGACAAAUUCGGUGUGACCAGUAAGGGACUUCCGAAAGACGCUGAUGACUGCAAAAUCCCGUCGGAAAAGUCUCAGGCCUACACCCGUGGUAUGUGGCAUAAGAAGCGCUGGGCUCAAAUGAAUGCGGUUUAUAUUCCGAGUAAGGGAACAAACACUACCUGGGUGAACGUCGUUACGUUCUUAAACAAUCCCGACGUCAACCAUCAAAAGCUUUUGGCUGUUUCGUACUCACCCGGCAACGCCAAGAACAUCAACAGUUACAAAUCUCAAAACCCCCCCGAUGAAAAUGCGCUCAUAGAUGGCGGGCAUUUCAAGGUCGUGUACGAUAACAAAAAAAAAAUCCUUUAUCCCAAUAAAUCGUCCAAAGGAAAGCGCCAACCCCUUAUUGCGUGGGAUCAGCUGACCAAGGAGGCUCAGAAAGCUUUGAAUGACCCUUCGAGCUUUAACCAUGUCCAGGCUCCCUUCAACGACGCCAAUUUCAAAAACAACAUCUACAAGGCUUGGGAGGCUUCAGGUUUGCCUGUUACGAAAUGA